AAAGCAGAACCAAAACAAACAUGGCUCGGCGUGGUGCGGCGGUCGAGCCUCCUCAUGAAGAACAAAAUGCCCUCAGCUACAUGCAGCCGGAGAUUCUGCCCAUACAAAUCAUGAUCGAUGUGCUUAAAGAGCGAGGAAUGAAAGCAGCUUCACUCCAAGGGACAGACAGAGGUCACAUAAUAUGCCUCUUCCACAAACAUGUUUGCCCUAAACAUCGACGGGAUUACCGAGAGAACAGGAGGGGGAAGAUAAUGAUGGCACAGAGAAGUAAAAGAGAAAAAGGCUCUGUUGAUGAAAAUUGGAAAAAGAUGGUUAUGGAUUCCAAAGAAAGAUCACUGUCAUCAUCAAAUGCCUCUGACUAUGCCAGUGCCGAGCGCCUCAAACCUCCUCCAUCGUGCAUUAACACAGAAAGAAAGACUAUUAAGUUAGGUGGUUCCAACAAGACUUCUGCAUCUAACAUGGACUUUAUUGUGGUUAAGAGAAGAAGUUCAGAAGAUAGUGAACAAGGACCAGAGAAGUUGAGAAAAGUGUCAGGAGAAAGAGACUCGGAGCAGAAUAAAAGAAAAGAUAAUGAGGACCAUGAAAAUUCUAAAAGGAUUAGAAAAGAUACAGGGGAUGAGAAUGACAAGACCUCACAGGAGAAUGGGAAGAAAAUGAAACAUGACAGAAAACCCAUCACAUGGCCGUGAUUUUGUCAUUGGUAUUUAUUAUAAGAGAAUGCAUAGAUAUAAGGCAGCAAGUAGGAAAUGGAAAUGACUGACAAGAGAAAAUGUUUAGCCAGCUCUUUAGUAUGGUGAAGGAAAUAAAUGCUCUUAACACAAUUUAUAGAGUGGAACAUAGAGUCUGCAUCUGCUAAGAAGUGCUUUGGGGGGAAAGUCAGUGAUUGUAUAUAUACACCAAAGCUUAGAAGAAUAUUCUUUACUGCUUAAACUUGUAUAAGUAAGGAAAUCAUGCAUAGAAACAAUUCUCUAAUAGCCAAAAAGCAGAUGUUUGUAUAGUAUGUCCAUGAUACUUUUUGAAUAUAGAACCCUACUCACAGGCUAAUGGUGGAAAAUAUUUUUGGGUUCUUUAUAGUAUACCAGUAAUACAGCUACUAUUUAUUUUAUUUUAAGAAUUGAUUUAGGUAUGAAUUACACAGCACUAAUGGCUUAUAAACAUGAACUAAUUGAUGAUUGUAUUCUCACUAUUGGAUAAAGGGGAUAACAGAACUGUAACUGUGCAGCUUUUCCUACAACACAUUUAUUUGAUAUGUAGAAGAACAACUUUGGAAUGUUUGAAAAUUCUUGAUUAUUUCAAAGAACUCAUCUCCUUUUCCUUACAUUUUUGUUACAAACUAGGCAGUUUACCAAAGACAGUGCCGUGAGGGGACACCUUUACCCCUUAAAAGAUGCAUAUCUUACAGUGUGAUGCAGAUGUAGCUAAUCUUUAUAUCAUUCAGUUGCAUCUGUCUACUGGAAAUCAGUAUACACAAAAAUUAUUUGUAUUUUGGGAAUCUACUGAUCACUUUCUACAUUAUGAGAUUUAAAAAGCAUAAUAGUCUUUUACCAAGUUUAGUAUUCCCUACGUCUUCAUCAAAUCCCAUCAAAAUAUAGGAUGCAUAUCCUUUAGGAGUUAAAGGAACUCUUAACGGCUAAAAUGCUAGAAAAUAGCUAAAACAUUUUUUUUUUAAUCAUGUAAUGAUAUAUUCUAACCCACUUUACUUUUUUUAAGGUUGAUUGAGAAUUGAGUUUAGAAAACUACCCAGAUUUUGAUCUGUCUUUCUCAUUUGUUUUUAUUAAAAUUGCUAAUAUAUUUUGCUUCAGAGAGCAUAUCCCUGAAAUAUAUGAAAGAUAAAAAUUUGAAAUCCAGUCAAUUUAUGAAAAAGGUCUUUAUAUGAUUAACCCUAAUUUCAGUUCACAUUUGAUCUUAUGCACCUUAUAUGAUGUCCCUCAGUUUCCAAUACAUUUUUUCAAUAGUUAAAGAACAAGAAUAGACACAUGAAAUGUAGUAUCAAUAGAUUAUUAGUAUUUUGGAAGGUUUAUGAGAACACUAACCACAAUCGGUUUCUAUUCUAAUGUUUAAACAUGUAAUUGGGUGACCUGAUCAUUGUGAUACAUGCAUGUAUUAAGGGAAUAUGUUUUUGAUAAGUUAAAGGCAAAUUUACUCUUCAAAGUAGAUGAUGACUUAACUUGUAGUCCAUGUAGGAGCUACCAGUUGGUGCUUAGAAUAACUUUGUAAGUGGCCAUACUGAAGUUGCUUUAGCUUUCCUGGGCACACCAGAGAAGUGCUUAUGCUGGGGUUUGAGCCAGUUCACAAGAAAUGAUUGGUAAUAUAAUGAUGUUACAUAGGGACCCGAAGGCAUUACUUGAAAUUUACCACUAGUGAUUAUUGUCAGUUGUCAUGUCUAUCCUGUCACCUAAAAAGUACUCUACAUCAUAUUUAUUAUACCAUGCAUGGUCUAUUGAGGACCUGUUAUUGCUUCUGCCUGGUACAAGCAGUAAUUCUCACCUUACAUUUACUGACAGUACUGGCCACCUUUGCAUAAAAGGAUGUGCAUCAUAAUUUGUAGAAAGGUGUUGCCACAUAGCACCUAGCAUAAAGAAGUAGGCACUACAUAGAAUGAUGGAAAUUUGCUGGUGAUAUUUGUGCAUUUGGAUUUUAAGUGAUUGGUCAUUCCAUUUUCUUUAAGAAAGGCAAAAAAAAAGGUACAAGAAUCUUUAUAGGCAAUUUCCAAAUAAAAGCAAGGUAAACAUAGGUAUCAGGUAAUUGGAAAAGUAGAGUUAUGUCGGUUAAUACUAAUUUGGUGAACUUUUUUUUCCUUUAGUUUAUUUUGUGAUUUUGCAUAGUUAUCUUCCACUCUUAAGUUUCAGAAAUCCUUGAUGUUAUUUUCUGUUGAGAAAAUCCUCUGCACAUAUGUCAGGAAAAUGAGGAGUGGGUUUUCUGUAUAUUGUUAUCUUAUGUGCUUAUGGUAUAUCUCAUUAGCUUCCUGGUACUUUGGAAUUCUACCUUCAAAUCUUAUUCAAUAUUUUUUAACAAGCUUAAUAUUUGGCUGUGUUUUGUGCAUCAUGGAUGACUAAAAAUAUGAAGUCACUCUUAAUAUAUUGACAUUGAAU